CACAGGGAAGAGCCCAGCGCCGAUCGAAUCCUCUCAGCUACUGUACCGUGGGUGUGACCUAAAUUUUGUAAUCCCUAGCUCCAAGGUAUGGCGAGUGCGGCAGUGGACAAGACGGUGGACGAGCUGCGGCACGAAAUUGCGGAGCUCUACCGGCAGAAUCGAGAGAUAAAUGAGAGGCUAAACAAUCCAAGAGGAAGGCGGCUUGGAAGGGGUGGAUUUUCGAGAGCUGUAGGCGGGCGAGGGGGCGGUCGAGGAGGAAGAACCAGAAAGGCUGAUGGUGAUUUGGAAGGUCCUCCAACGAAGAGACUACAUUCUGUUGUUAAGGUUAAUGGUGAUUCGGUCGAAGCUCAUACAAAAGAAACUGGCACGUCUUCCCCCCGUGGACGAAGAAGAGAGCCCUUUCUUACAGGGCAGGCGCAAGAAUUUAGAACCGAGCCAGUUCCCAAAACUGUUUCGAAAGUGGACGACCCCAAACUUGCAAAGCGAAACAGGAGAAUGUUUGGCGCUCUUCUGGGAACUUUAGAGAAAUUCAGAAAGGAAGAGAUGUCAAACUCGGAAUCAGUGAUGCGGAGGUCGGACUCUCUCAAAAGAGCUGUACAAAAGGCUCAAGAAGAAAGCGAUAAGUUGCGACAAGAGGAGCGGGAGCACCUAACGGAAAGGCGAAAACGUGAUUUGAUGCUUCGAGCUAAAAUCUCUGCCAAGGCGGAAGAAAAGCAAAUCGAGCUGCUGUACAUGCAAUGGACAGCACACCAGAGCAAAGUUAGUUCGUUCCUAAAGACAAAAGCAGAACCAGGAAUACAUUAUCUUCCAGUAAAGCAAACAGAGCGUGACAAACACCAACUGGAGGAGCAACGAAAGGCUUUCGAAGAAUGGAAGGUAAAGUGCCGGGAAGAGCUGGACGAGUACCAGAAGCAAAUAACCGAGACGUUUCUGGCCAAAGCUCAGGCAGACAUUGAUAGAGUCGUGGCUGCUCGAAACAGGAAGAGGAUCCAAUUCGAGGGCGGUGACAAAGAGCUGGAAGAAGAAGCCGCCGGUGGCAAUCUAGGCGAGCAAAUCGAUAACGAGAACGAAGAGCUCCAGGACGAACAGGGCCAAGAGGAAGAAGUGGCGGACGUGAUGGAAGAAGAGGAUUAUAGGCCGGAAGAUGAUACAACGCUCCCGGAAGGAAAAUCUAGCUGAAAAGAUUUAAACAGAGUAUAUCCCACUUGUGAGAAUAGAAAGAUGCGGAUUCUUGAGUA